GAAGAUUUGAAGGUCAAUUCCGUCAAUUGAUUUGUUUAUAAAUUUUGACUAUCCUACAAAUUGUGCUGCAAAUUUAUCAUAAAGAACAAAUAAAUAUACAGAAUUCUCUUGUUUUAAAUUGGGAACAUGUGGCUGAUUGCGAUAUUAUUCUUUAUAAAAGGCGCCUGCUCAACAUUUUUUGUAACAGAUCAGUGUGUAGACCUUUGCAAAGAUGCAAAAUUACCUGCAUUGGAGCUUGAUUUUUAUGAACAAGUUGUUUGCCAGCGAGGCUGUAGAUUCUUCAAUAUAAUCAAAUUCACUGAUGAUAUCAAAAUAAACACAACCAAAAAGGAGUGCCAUAUAUCUUGUGAAGAAUCAUACAUUGAGAAGAAAGAGAAUGAAAUAUGCAAAACUGGAUGUGAUUUGAUGGCAAAAGAACAGGAAUCAUUGACUUCAGCACUUCUUAUUGAAGCAGAAAGUACAAUUGUACUAGCUAGCCCCGACAGAGACAUCGAAUUAGACUUACUCUCUGAUCCCAGUCUGAAAAGCCAGAUUGAAGUUGGCUUCAAUGUAGACUACAAAAUACCAGAAACUCACAUUAGAACCAUGCCCAUUGAGAUAUCAGAAGAGGAAAUCAACAUACGAGAAACUACUGAUUGGUUAGAUUGUGCUUCUAGAAAUUCUGGGAUUCCUAGAUGGAUUUUAUUAUCUGCAAUUUUAUUAGCAAUACUUGUAGCAUUGUGGCUAAGCUUUUCUAGUGAGAAACAUGUCAUUCAAGAGGAGGUUAUUGCUGAUAUUGGUAUCCCUGAUGACAAAUUGAUUCUUGAGAAUGAUACCGCUUCAGAAAAAUAUAAAUUGAUGUUGGAUGAGGCUGAGGGAGGCCAUAGCUUUUUGGAAAAUAAUCCAUUUGUUGCUGGACAAACUUACCUGGAACCACCACCCAAGUAUAGUGUCACAUGUGAGAAUGCCUAAUUGUAAAAUUUAUUUCUCAUAAUUUUAAGUGAUCAAUAUUUUUUUUAAAUCAUGCUGAUGUGACAACAAAAAUCAUAUUAGCAUAGUUCAGAGAUAAGAUGGAUGAAAUUCUACUUGUCCAUAUUUGGACAAAAUUAAAUUGAAUUAUUUUUUAAACUGUGAAAACUGAGCACAUAUUAAUUGUCAAAAUUUAAUAAUUUACUAGAAAUGGUCAUCAACAACUUACAAAAUAAUGAAAUACAUAAAACAAAUGCUGUUUAAACCACCUUUUGAAAUAUUGAUUUUAUUUGAUGUAAUGCUAUGUUUAAGACUACAGUUUUAUCUAUUCCUAUCUAAAUGUACUUCAGUAAUUCCAUUAGAGUACAUAUUUUGAGGUAUACUCAGGAAAUUUGGGCACUUGAGUGAUCAUGGCUAUAGAGAGAUAGAAAAAUCAUUUUUGCAAAUACUAUCUAAUGGAAAAUUAAGGUUAUUAUGGGAUGUUUCCCUUGAGUCAUUUUAUUUUUCGCAAAAAAAAUAAAUUGUCCUGGAACUAUGGAGCUAUGUUUUAAUAGAAAUAGCUAGGUACAACAAAAUAUCUAUAUCAAAUAAAUUGAAAAACUGAGGCUUAAACUGCAUGCCUUUUUCUGUUUGUAAUUAUAUGGAUAUCAAAAUUUGGUUUUAAUGUUUGUGGAUCAUUUCACUUUUACUUUUUAAAUCAUCCUAAUUUUUUUGCUCACAAAAAUGUGUGGACCCUCAUAUUUUAUGUAUGAUAUUUUUGGUUUUUACACUGUUAAAGAAAAACUCAAUGGAGUGUAUAUAUUUUCCUGUAUUCAGGAUAUUUUUCUAAAGUCUUUAUAUGGAUGCUAUAUUAGUUUUCUAUUAGAACUUGUCCAAUACAAAACUAAAAAUUACAUAUGUAAUUUUUUUGGAUUUCAAAAAGACCAGAUUUGAAAAAUUGUUGAAGGAUAUUAAAACUAUCGGAGAUGAGAAAAUAGGCUACAGACAAACUGUCCAAAGUUUCUCUCAUAAGGGCGCCGCGAAAUAGUCAAUUAAACAAUUCUGCCUUUUUUUUUGUAUCCACAAUUCUAGAAAGUCAAAAUCUGAUGUUUUAAGGGCGCCGCAAACCGAAAAUGAUUGGGAGCCUCUGGUCUAAAGUAUAGCGAGGUGCACCUUAUGCAAAAAUACGCGUUAGCUGAAAUGAAAAUAUUUUCUUUGCAUUUCAAAAUGCCAUCUUUUGGCGUGGGAGGACUUCGAAACUGAAACUAAUUGCAAACAGCAACAGCCAGACAAUAUGGCAUCCAUGUAACAGGUCUAUACUAGUGUUGUAAGGAUAUUUUGAAAAAUGUAUUAUUAACCUACAAAUGGUUUGAGCUGUUGUCUUUUCCACAUGCAUCCAUUACAGUAAAAUAACAGCUGUUUAUCUAGAAAUAUUUUAAAAUUCCCCAUAUUGUCAAAUGACACAUAAUUCUGACGGACCCGUCAACGCCAGGUAGCCGUAUUUUGUUUUUACGUUACAGAUUUUACUUGCUAAUAACUCUUAUUUAGAAAAGAUCAUUUGCAUACAAAAAAAAAAACGCCACAAGCAAGGUUUACUACAAGGUCUGUGGUAAAGUAAACAGGACUUUUGAAAGAUAUCAAAUACAAGUAGCGCCAUCUAUUAACGGAGACUAUCGUUGGAUAGGUACAUCUUUCAUUGAUGCCCUGUCAAAAUUCCAUGAAAAUCGAACCACUUCACGCGGAGGUAUCGCGCUCAAAGUGACAUUACCUUUUUAGGAUCGGUCGAAAAAUGAGCAUGGUGUUAUGAGGCGUUUGCCGUCGCGUUUGGCCAGAAUAUCGUGAAGAAGGAAGCUGGCGCUUGUUGCACGAUGAUGUACCAUUUCGUCGAUCGACGCUUGUCUCCGAUUUUUUGACAGAAAUAGCAUUUUAACCAUCAACCACUCCCCAUAUUCUCCUGAUAUGGCACCCCGUCACUAUUUUCUGUUCGGUAAACUACAUUUGGCCAUGAAGCGACAGCGGUAUGCCGACGUAGAGGACAUCCCGGUCAGUGAGCGAAAAUCUUUUGAUCCAUGGAAAUCGCUGCAUUAACUCUGAUUUUCCGAAACAAAAGUUGAUGGUUCAUUUUUUUGUCGUUUACUUUGCGACAGACCUUGUAUAUUUACGCCCGAUUCAUUAUUGCCAAAGUUACAGACUAAUACAAAGAUGUCACUUGCUGAUUAGCUGUUUACCUCAAAAGACGUCAAAACGUAUGGAUGCUCGUGAAAUAGGGUUUAUUAUUAUUGUGAUUGUGACUUUAGUGUAAGACAUUACUUUUAUUUGCACUGGUGCAUCAUCAGUAAACGUAAAAUUGCAAUAAUUCGUGAAAUUUCGAAUUUAGAAUCAUCUAAAAGUUCCGGCUGGUCCGGCUAGCGCAAUGCACGGUCGCCACUUUGUAUUCAUUUUGUCUAGGAGUGCGCCCGGGUACAUGUACAAAAAAGUAUUGGAGUAGGGAUCUCUAAUCUGAUCAGCCCGACCGUAGAUUUGCAGCAAAUAAGUCAACUUUUAACUUCUAGCGAUUCUUGAGGAUAUAUUUAAAAAAAUGCUAGUGUUCUGUUAAUUCUAAAUACUCGAUAUAUUGUAAGCUUUUUACUUUAAAUGUGAUAUCCAUUUCCAGAUAUUCAUACGAGUAUUAUGGACUUUGGACAUUAUUCGACUUUACUUGUUCAAUGUUUACGUUAGUAUAUAAGUUCUUACAUGCUUUAUUAUUACACUUUGAUAGAGAUUGAACUGAUAUCAGCCUCAGAUAUGAAUAUUGUGUUUGUGAUAAAAUUGUCUUUUUGAAUUAAAUAAACGUGGAUACACUUGA